UAGCUAAGCUUUACUUCUUAUCAGACAACUUUUUGUAAAAUUGAUAAUUAAACCUUUUUUAAUUUUUAUGUUUUUUUUUUUUUUGGCUGUCUCAAACAAUGCCUUUUCACAUCUCAUCACAGUCCAUUACCAUGUGCCCCACUACUACUUACAGCUCCACCAUCCCCCUAUCCCCAAUUCCAUCGCUAGGGUUUUUUCACCUUUUCUGUUAACUUUUAUUUGUUUAUUUUUCUUGUUUGAUAUAAUAAAGUUCUCCGUUCCAUUUUAUGAAUGAUUUAUUUUUUCUUUGGGUGUUGAAAAUUGUCGACUAGUAGAAAUCUGAUACGGCUUUGUAUAAAGCCUUGUUUACAAGACAUCGUCGACGGCGGCUGUGGUGAUGUUGAUAAUAGUUGUAAGAGUUUGAGUGGUGAUUCUUUACAAGGUCUAGAGUUCACGUGGAUCGAUCAAUGCUAGAAGAUUCCUGAGAUGGACAAUUCGCAGCUGGUUGGAAACGCUGACGUGGUGGUCCCAGGAGCUGCUGGUGCUACGGCGGAGGCGGGCAAUGGAGUGACCGUUGUUGAGAUGAGCGCUGGAAAGCGGAGACGGGGAAGACCGCCGAGGAAUCAAGUGAGAACCCCGUCGUCAUCGGCGCCGCCGCCACCGCCUCAAAGGAAGGAUGAGGAUGAUGAAGAAGAUGUUUGCUUUAUAUGCUUCGAUGGCGGCAGUCUCGUGCUUUGUGAUCGACGUGGCUGUCCUAAGGCAUACCACCCAGCCUGUAUCAAAAGGGAUGAGGCAUUCUUUAAAUCCAAGGCGAAAUGGAACUGCGGGUGGCAUAUAUGUAGCACUUGUCAAAAGGCUUCAUAUUAUAUGUGCUAUACUUGUACUUAUUCCUUGUGCAAGAAUUGCACUAAAGAUGCUGAUUACGUGAAUGUAAGAGGAAAUAAAGGAUUCUGUGGAACGUGCAUGAGAACUAUUAUGCUGAUUGAAAAUAUUGCAUCAGACAAUAAGGAAAUGGUUCAAGUGGAUUUUGAUGAUAAAACUAGCUGGGAGUAUCUGUUUAAGGUGUACUGGGUUCUUUUGAAAGAGAAGCUAGCUUUAAGUUUAGAUGAGCUUACUAACGCCAAAAAUCCAUGGAAGGAAACUGCUAUCAUGGGUCCCAAGGGAAAUUCAUCCGGUGAACUUAAUAAUUAUAGUAAUGCUAAAGGAACUAACAUGGAAAAGUCUUGUGGAGACCAAGGUGACAGUUAUUCCAAGAGAAGAAAAACUACAAGACAGCAAAAGCUUUUGAACAAUGUUGAAUAUCUAGGAGCUGAAAACUCAGGUGUUAUGAAAGGGGUGCCUUUUCCUGGAGGCACAAAUUGGGCUACUACAGAGCUUCUUGAAUUUGUGGCACACAUGAAAAAUGGUGAUGUAUCUGUUCUAUCACAUUUUGAUGUUCAGGCACUUUUACUCGAGUACAUAACACGAAACAAUCUUCGUGAUCCUCGACAGAAAUCCCACAUUAUUUGUGAUUCAAGGCUUGUGAAGUUGUUUGGAGAAGAAAGGGUGGGCCACUUUGAAAUGUUAAAGCUUCUUGAAUCACACUUUCUCAUCCAAGACCAUUCAAGGGCCAUUGAUACUGUUAGAGGUGAAGCUAUUGAAGCUGCUGCUAUCCAAUUAGCUGUUGAUGGGAACAGUGAUAGUCAACCUAUAAUUGCCAGUGAUAAGAGACGUAAAACACGUAAAAAGGUCAAUGAGAAAGGACAAAGGGCUAAUCCAGAUGAAUAUGCCGCAGUUGAUGUUCAUAAUAUGAACUUGAUCUACUUGAAGCGUAAUUGGAUUGAGAAUUUAAUUGAUGAUGCUGAGAAAAUUGAUGGCAAGGUUGUUGGUUCCUUCGUGAGGAUCAAAAUUCCUGGGAAUGAUCAGAAGCAAGAUUUUUAUAGACUUGUCCAAGUCGUUGGUACCAGCAAGGCUGAACCAUAUAAAAUCGGUGAAAGGACAACUGAUAUCAUGCUUGAAAUAUUAAAUUUGGACAAGAAAGAGGCUGUCUCAAUUAAUGGAAUUUCAAAUCAGGAAUUUACUGAGGAUGAAUGUCAACGACUCUACCAGAGAAUAAGAUGCGGGCUGACCAAAUGGUUUACUGUGGGUGAGAUUCUGGAGAAAGCAAUGGCACUUCAAGCAGUGAGGGUAAAUGAUUGGCUACAGUCAGAGAUUUUGCGAGUUACUAACCUUCGUGAUCGAGCCAGUGAGAAGGGACACAUGAAAGAGUACAGAGAAUGUAUAGAAAAAUUGCAGCUUCUGAACUCACCUGAUGAACGCCAGCGUAGGCUGCAAGAAAUUCCUGAUAUACACUGUGAUCCAGACAUGAGUCAAUACUGCAAGUCUUUGAAAGUUGCAGUAGAGUUGAAUAAAAAAAAAGAGAACAACAAACCAAGAGAUUCUGGCUUCACUAUGAAGGAAAAAGAGCCUGCCUUUCCACUGAAGGGAAGUGAUGACUUGAAUGAUAUAGGAAGCAGAGGAACUAGCCUAGGACCACAUUCUACAGGAAUGGAGUUGACUGUAAAUAAUAUUGAGACAGACAAAAUAUGGCAUUAUCAGGACCCACAUGGGAAAGUUCAAGGGCCAUUUCAUAUUGAAAUGUUACGUAGAUGGAGCAUGAGUGGUCAUUUCCCUCCUGAUUUGAGAAUAUGGAGGGCAAAUGAAAAGCAAGAUAACUCUAUUCUCCUAACAGAUGCUCUGGAUGGGUGGUAUGGUGAAGCAAAGCAGUCAUUUUGCAACAGCUGCGUACCAACUGAAGACAUAAGGGUUGCCUCUGAUGAUGGAUGUCUGAGUGGGGCUGUAGAUGGUAGUGGGGGUACUGAUCUGAAUGUGGCUCAGAUCGAGAGUAAACAGGUUGAGGGGACGUUGAACUCAACGCUGAAUGAUACAAGUAGUCAUUAUUGUGGUAACAAUGAAUCUGUGAAGAGCACAGAAUUGAGCUCUCAAUCUUCCCCUUGUUCUGCUACUUGUACUCCUGUGGUAGAUGUUGUCAAUUCCGAUGCAGUGCAAAAGGGAAGCCCUUUACCAACCUGUGACUUAGUGAAGGGUGAUAAUGACUUACCUGGCCUGCCCCAAGUGAGUAGUUCUCUUCCGUCAUCUACAUUAUCUGACAAACCAUGCGGAACCCAGUCUCAUCAGUUCAACAACGAUCAUGGGGUUGAAAGAUGGGACAAUGGCUCAAUCAACAUGGGUGAGAAUAUGGACAAGACCUCAGAAGGUCAAAAUAUUGCUGGAAGUGCAAAGCUAGAUGAUAGUGAGGGAAAAUCUGGCAGAUCUAGUGGGCAAAGCUGGAGAUCUUCACCCUUAAAUGAUGCUUCGAACGGAUGGGAUUCCAAUUCAGGACUGAUUUCCCUGGCUAGGGCUCUUGAAGCGUCGGAACACAAUCAGGAUAUUGAUUUCUCAGAUAUUCCCACCUCAACAUCAAAGUUGAACCAAGAAGACUCAAAAGGUCAGGCUAAUGAAAGCAAACUGUCUCUUUCUUUGAAUGUUCCUCAUCGGGAUUCAGGUCCUAGCUGGAGUACAACUUCUAGUCUAGUGGGUAAUUCACAAAUUGCUGAAAUAGUUGGUGAAUGGGGUGGGCAUUCCUCCACUCCAGCAAAACCUUCUGCAAAGGGGUGGGACUCAAAUCUUGUGCCUGAAUCUUCAUUUAAACCAUCUAUCAUGGGAAGUGAUCAUGCUGCUGCUCCAACUUCAGGAAGUGACCAAUUGACUCAUUCGUCUCCCCCGGAUCCUGCUAAUAAUGCAUUUGCUUGGGAUCCAAUUGUUCCCGAACCUAAUGAGGGUGAUGAAUCAGUUUCAGAUCUCUUGGCUGAAGUUGAAGCAAUGGAGUCUCUGAAUGGCUUGACUUCACCUACAUCAAUUAUGCGUUGUGAUGGAGAGUUGGCUCAAGGUUCCGAACCUGAUUGUUUUAGUCCUGUAGGAAGACUGAGCCCUGCACCUGAUCCUGGAAAAAGCGAUUCUUUCAGCUCAACAAAUGAUCUACAAAUGCCUUCUCAGUCAACUGUGACCACUGAGCCAUUCAGGAUCUCUCAGUCUGAAGUUCUUGAUGCUCAGAAGAGUUCUGGUAGGCAUUCUUCCACAAGUGCUGAAAUAAAUGAAAACACAAGGCCCAGAGAUGUCUCGGUUAACCAAUACAAAGUUGGUUCCAACAUGCAACCUCCUGCACCACCUGUUACAACUUGGGGCAUGGAUACCAUAGAUACUGCUUGGGGAUCUGGUCCAGAAACUACAAGCACCAAUUGUGGAGCAGUUCAUGGAAACAAAAAUUUUAGUUGGAGAGGACUAGGUGAAGGAAAUACGAAUGUUAGUAGGGGAACAGGUCAGGGAACGUUUCAGGAAAACAGCAGCAUCAAUGCAGGCACUUCUGGAGAGAAUCUGGCUCAUUGGGGAAGUCAACAGAGGUAUGUUAGUCCUAGGCACCGUGAUUUUCAGGGAAGAGAUUCAAGUUCUGUGGGGGGCAGUGAUUUUCAUGGCAGAGAUUCAAGUUCUGCUAGGGGCAGUGAUUUUCAGGGCAAAGAUUCAAGUUCAGCUAGGGGCAGUGAUUUUCAGGGCAGAGAUUCAAGUUCUGUGAGGGGCAGUGACUUCCUGGGCAGAGAUUCAAGUUUUGCUAGGGGCAGGUCCUCAUCGAAUAGGCACUCAUCCUACUAUGGUGGUUCAAAUGGAGGCGGUACUUUCAGAUCACCGCCCAAAGGGCAGCGGAUUUGUAAAUUUUAUGAAAGUGGUUAUUGCAAGAAGGGAGCAUCAUGUCGUUAUUGGCACCCUUGAUUAGGUAACAUUUCCUGUUUACCAUACCAAUCGCGUGCAUUUAAUCAUGUAUUCAUUAUUUGUAUUAGGGAUUUGCUCUGUUGUUCUCCAAUUUAACCAACCGGUAAAUGCUAUCAUUGGGUAGUGCAUAUUAUUUCUAUUCUAUGGAUAGCUAAUCCUUUGCUUACCGGCUCACUACAUUUAUGUUUGUCGGUUUAGAAGGUUAAUGUCAGAAAUUAGAUAUGCGUACAAUAUGCAUAUAUUUAGUUUUUUUUUUUAAAA